AUGGAGUCAGUCCUCAAGAAGUAUUUUGGGUUUUCAAAAUUUCGCCCCUACCAGAAAGAAAUUGUGGAGAACAUUUUAGAUGGAAAAGAUUCCUUGGUGGUUAUGGCCACUGGCAGUGGCAAGUCCUUGUGCUAUCAGGUGCCACCGUUGGUUGCCAAAAAGACCACUGUAGUCAUAAGCCCUCUUAUUUCUUUGAUGCAAGAUCAGGUAAUGGCAUUGAAGCAAAGAGGUAUAAGAGCUGAGUACCUCUCGAGUGCUCAGACUAACCGUAGUGUACACGGUAAUGCUGAAAGUGGCCAGUAUGAUAUAUUGUACAUGACUCCAGAGAAGGCCUGUGUUCUUACAACCAGGGUUGAGUAUAAACAAUUAGGUAGGCUGCGGGAUGUACUUCCAAAUGUUCCAUUUGUUGGCUUAACGGCAACUGCUACUGAAAAGGUUCGCGUUGACAUUAUAAAUUCACUGAAGAUGAAAACUCCUUACGUAACUAUUGGUUCAUUUGACCGUCAAAAUCUCUUCUACGGCGUCAAAUAUUCCGAUCGCAGUUCAGCUUUUGUGGAUGAGCUUGUGAAGGAGAUUUCUAAAUACACAAACAGCAGAAGUUCAACUAUAGUAUACUGUACAACUGUCAAAGAUGCUGAACAGAUUUUCAAGUUCCUUCUCGAGGAUGGAAUUGAGGCUGGAAUAUACCAUGGUCAAAUGUCCAAUAAAGCACGUGAGGAGUCUCAUAGGGCAUUCAUCAGAGAUGAAUUUUAUGUCAUGGUUGCAACUAUAGCAUUUGGCAUGGGCAUCGACAAGCCUAACAUUAGACAUGUUAUACACUAUGGCUGCCCAAAGAGUCACCUUAGUAUAAUGGUCCUUUCACCACGAUGUGGUAGAGAUGGCAUUCCUUCAACCUGCUGGCUGUAUUAUGCAAGAAGCGACUUUGGGAAAGCUGAUUUUUACUGUUCAGAAGCACGCACAGCAGAGCAAAGAAAAGCAAUUAUGGAGUCAUUCAUGGCAGCACAACGCUAUUGUAUGCUGACAACUUGUAGAAGAAAGUAUCUUCUGGAGUACUUUGGAGAGAAAUACUGCUCUGUCAAUUGUGGAACUUGUGAUAAUUGCACUAGCUCAAAGAAUGAGAAUGAUAUGUCUCGAGAGGCAUUUCUUUUAAUGGCUUGCAUUAAAGCAUGUGGAGGUCACUGGGGUCUCAAUCUGCCAGUAGAUGUUCUUCGUGGAUCUCGAUCCAAGAAAAUUCUUGAUGCUCAGUUUGAUAAGCUUCCAUUCCACGGCCUCGGAAAAGAGAUGCCAGCAAAUUGGUGGAAGGCUCUAGCUGAUCAGUUGAUUUCACGUGAUUAUUUGGUUGAGACCUUCAAAGAUGUGUACAAAACUGUAAGUGUCGGACCAAAAGGAGUGGACUUUUUGAAUUCUUGCACUCCUGAUCAUCAGCCUCCAUUAUAUCUUCCAUCGACUUCAGAAAUGGUGGGUGAUAUGAAAGGCACAGAUAUAGUUGGUGAGGCUGGAGUUGCUGGUUUGGCUCCUCUUAAAUUCGAGGGAUUGUCCCAGGAAGAGGCACAGUUCUAUAAAAUGCUCAUAGAGGAGAGAAUGAAGAUAGCAAAAAAAUUUGGAACUGCUCCAUAUGCAAUAUGCGGUGAUCAAACAUUAAAAAGGAUAGCAUUGACAAGGCCAUCAACUCGAGCAAGGCUAGCAAAUAUAGAUGGUGUGAACCAGCACUUUCUAAUUACACAUGGAGAUUGUUUGCUACAAAGCAUUCAGCAUCUAUCAAAAGAAUUGAAUCUUGCUUUGGAUGGGGAGCCAAAUACGCAAACUCCUACGCCAAGAAAGGUUUCCACUGUACUGAACAACAAGAGAUUAUUGCCGGCAAAGUUUGAAGCUUGGAGAAUGUGGCAAGAAGAUGGCCUUACAUUCCAUAAAAUUGCCAAUUUCCCCGGUCGAGCAGCUCCAAUAAAAGAACAAACUGUGAUAGAGUAUCUUCUUGAAGCUGCAAGAGAUGGAUGCACGAUUGAUUGGACCAGAUUCUGUGAGGAGAUUGGAUUGACGCAGCAGAUAUUUAUGAAUAUUCAGGAUGUUGUGUCAAAAGUCGGCAAAGAGAAGCUAAAGCCUAUCAAAACUGAAUUACCAGAAGAAGUAACUUAUAGCCAGAUCAAGGCCUGCUUGCUGGUGCAAGAGAUGGGAAUAUCGGUUGAAGGUAUAUCAUCCGGCCAUCAUCACAGUGGCGGAGUAGAGGGUCGACCCAAUCGUAAAUCACUUGUUGACAAUGUAAAUGGUGGUAGUUCACCGGGGAAAUCUGAAGCUGCAAUUUCUGAUCUCGUUGGGAGUGAAAAUGCAGAACAGCCACUAUUUGGUACUGAUGGUUCACCGAAAUCUUGGAAACGCCAAAAAGUCGAUGGGCCACAAGUCGAACAAUCCACUACGGUUGAGGCCUCGGAAAGUUCCAUAUUACGCUGGCUUGAGAAUUUUGAUGAUGGGGUUUCACUAUCUGAUCUCUUGGAACACUUCAGUGGAUCAAAGGAACAGGCUAUAGUUGAUCUGCUAAAUAAUCUGGAGGGUGAGUUUUUAAUUUUUAGAAAGAACAAUCUGUACAGACUUAUGUAA